CAUGGCGGAGGAGGAGGAGGCGGCGGUGCUGGCCUGGAUGGACCAGGCCCUUGACGUGGCUAAAGAGGCUCUGGAGAACGGGGAGGUUCCCGUCGGUUGCCUGGUGGUGUACAACGGGGAGGUCAUCGGCAGGGGCAGGAACGAGGUCAACGAGACGAAGAACGCUACUCGACAUGCAGAAAUGGUAGCAAUUGAUCGGGUCCUUGACUGGUGCAAGCAACACAACAGAGAUUAUACAGAAGUGUUUCCACAAACAGUAUUGUACGUAACUGUAGAGCCUUGCAUCAUGUGUGCAGCUGCCGUGCGCUUGAUGAAAAUUCCACGGGUCAUAUAUGGUUGCCGAAAUGAGCGAUUUGGAGGCUGCGGCUCAGUUUUGAGCAUCUCAUCUGAUGAUAUGGUAGACACUGGAGAACCAUUUGAAUGUGUUUCUGGCUAUCGUGCCAAAGAAGCAGUGGAAAUGUUAAAAGCUUUCUACAGACAAGAAAAUCCCAAUGCACCAAAAUCCAAAGUACGGAAAAAGGACCAUCGAAAUUAGCGCUACACUGGUGGGGGACAGAAACUUACCAAAAAAUGAUACGUGAAGGUUUCAAGCAUCCUUCUUUUUUAAAAUGUACAGUCCAAUUAAACUAUGUCUAAUGUUCUGUACAGAGUUUUUACUAAUAGGAAACUACCUGUUCCUGCAUUUCUAUGUAUGUGAUUUCCUGUUAUCAUACAUGACCAAGCAGAAGAAUAAGUGGCUGUUUUUUAGAAAGAGGAAAAUUUAUGGCUCAAGUUCACUUGUUUACAGACAGAUGGAUCCAUUAAAAUGAUGCCAUUCUGGACAGCACAUUCUAGAAUAUUUUCUUUCUGUCUGUCUGUGGAGAAGCAUCUUGCUUUUCAAUAGUAAAUGUUUGCUUAGGCAAAUCCGAGUAAAUCUCUUGGAAAGUUACAUUUGUAAGACCUUCACAACCCUUGUGUGUAUAUUUAAUUAAAAAGCAUAAAAGGAAUUGUACAGUCCUUGAAGAUUUGAGAUAAGACCAUUGUAGUGGUUCUUCAUUGUUUUUUACACCCCCUCUCGCAUAAGCCAAAUUCUCAAACAUAACUCCUGAAAGUCACAUACAUAGGUAGACAGGUGUAUAUGCAGAAUCACGUCUCAGAUUGUGUGCGCUAUUGCUAAUAAGCGUAAGCAAGCAUCACCUGCCUGCGCAGUAUCCUGUCCGCUCCUCUUACGAAUGCUAGCAUAGGAAAUGUUUUAUUGUUAAGACUCCACUAAGAAGUCGAAGUUGUGCUCAGCUACUAAAUUAUAGUGAGUGAGAUGAGCAGAUACAUGUGAAAGCCAGAUGAUUAAAUUGGUAAUAGUACGAAGAAAAUAUCUUUGAGCUGUUUAUCUUUUCGUAAUGCUGGUUGGUUUUGUCAUUUCCACGCACUUUGCUUGCCCAUGCAGUAAUUUAUAAUCCAGAAGAGGGCCUUACAGUUCCACUAAUGAAUUAAGAAUACAAGUACAGUUCAAUCUUGAUUAUAUGCCUCUUAGAGGAUGCUUGUCUUAAGCAUGAAACUGUUUGUAGUUUAUUCGGCUGGUAUUCAGAAAUUUGAGAAAUGCCUUAACUUUUUUUUAAUGUAAACGAGUGAUUAGAAUUCUAUGACUAUAAAACCUCUUUUUUUAAAGAGCAUUAAAAGCAUUACUUUGUCACCAUUGCUCCUGA